UGGUGGGGAGAGCCUGCAGUGGGUGCAGGCAGGAGCCUCUGAGGGCAAGCUGGCCUGGGCUUGCAAGUGUUGAGGCUGGAGCGGAGGUGCUAAGCAGGCAGUCUGAUGGUCAGAUACUGUAAUGGUGGCUUUGCCGGUGCAUGUGUGUCUUGCUUUUUCCUCAUCACUGCUUUGCUCAUUGCCUCCAAUUACCCCACCUUGCUGGUAGCCCCCACCGACCCUCAUUAGCUUGAGGGGCCCACCGUGACUGAGGAAGAGGAGAGAGAGGAGGCCAAAGGAGCCCGCGGUGCCCACCUGCAGGAGUUGACUGGAUACACUGCACACCUGGGCUGCUGGGGGCCCCAGGCGUCGUGGGGAUGGCCCCCGUCUGAGGUGCUGAGGCUGCGUGUGCGCCCACCGCCCGCCUGCCACCCCAGGCCGCCCUGACUCCCCUCCCACUGCCUGGCUGCAGUUGCCAUAGCAGCGCUGCUGCUGCUGCUGCUGUGUGGCCAUUCCAGGGAGAAAGACAUUCCCUGUGUUUUCUCAGUGUCACCUGAGUGUCCUACUGCACACUUGUGGCCCUGCCCCAGGAGUUUCAAGAAAUGCCUCCCCCUUAGAGAUCCUGAAGGAACAGCUUAGCCCUUGGGCUUCUUAAGGAAGCCUUUUUCUUAAGGGCCGUGGGGAGCUGGUAACUGUUCCAAAACAACAGGGAAGUUUGGGGAGGGAGGAGACGGAAACACUGGAAUGAUCAUUGACAAGGACAUAAUCAAGUAGCUGAAAGGUAGUUCUGUGGGUUCCAUGGCUCUCUGUGCUUUGCUAAGAUGGCCAGCUUCCUGGAACGACGUCUAGAGGCUCGUCUGUUACAUGGUGGCCAGGGAGACACGGUUUUGCAGUCGGACUGCACAUCUCUGUGAAGAACCCUUUCCCCCAGGACAAAUGGCCAGGGAGGUGGCACUGCGGGGAAUGCCGUCGGGCAGGUGCUCCACUCUACCUAUGCUGACUGUUGGGUGUUGGCUUCUGCCUGCAGAGCGGCCGCCCUCAUCUCUUUCUCGCCCCCUCUCCCUUCCCUGAUGCAGACCCAGGUGGCAUCUGCUCAGGGAGCCUUCCUUUACCCCCUUCCUAAGUGGGGUGUGGCCGGCCCUGUGCUUCCUUACCAGCCCUCUGGAAGGUCUCAUUCAUCACUUGCCCACUGCGUAUAGCCAUCUGGGGUGUCACUGCUGGUAUUUGGCCUCUCAGGCCCAGAAUAAACCUUCCACAAGCUGCUGAGGGAAUGAGAAGACUCUGCUCUCCUGCCCUGCUGCAGGAACUGCUCUCUGACUCCCUCACUGACCCCAUGCCACAUGCCCUGAAUUCUGCCAGUGUGUGUUUGGUCCUUCGUUUGCUUGCUUCUCCUCCAAGAAUGACCUCGAGGUGGCGAUGUGUGACUGUGUGUUCACUAGCCUGAAAGUGACCAUCCCAGGGCCUAACACACGCAGUCUGCUGCAGAAAUUAGUGGCUGGGCUGGGGCCAGCUUUCUGCCCCCACUUGCCUUGAGGGCACACCUUGCUCCACCCAGCUGCCCCACCUUGGAUCUCUGCUGCCUUCUGCCCAGAAGGCCCUCUGUCAUCCCCUGGGAUCAUCCAGCUCUUCCCUUGAGGCUGCUUCGUCCUAGCCUUUGGUGGCUGCCGCUUCCCCUGCCUCUCCACUCUGACCACUGCACGGCGCAGCCUGGCUCAUGACCUUGACUCACUCUCUUCAUCUUGCUGAGCUCCAGUCUCCUCAUCUGCAAAAUGGGUUGUCGGCAGGAUUCAAGGAAGAUGCACAUCGAACACCCAGUCAAUGGCGGUAGUCUUAUAAGGGCACCUCUCUUCGGCGGCCCUGCACGUGUCAGCCCUUUCCCUUCAGCCAGUCUGUGGCUGCCUUGAGGACAGAGAUCCUGUCCUUCUCAACUUCUUAUUCUACCCAACCCUCCCUGCCUGAGCCCAUUUGUUGACUGACUUCCAUCAGAAGAGCAAUCAAGGUCUCCUCCCACCUGGAUGUCCCAUGAGCACAGCAGAGGCUCAGUCAUUGCCAAGGAGACUCUCUGUGAUCUUCCAGACACUGUCUGUGGGCUCAGUGCUGCCUGACGGAGAAGCAGGUGAACGGGAAGGAGCUCUCUAAGCUGUCUCAGGAGCAAACCCUGGAGGCCCUGCGCUCCUCCAAGGAGCCUCUAGUGAUCCAGGUGCUGAGGCGCAGCCCCCGCCUCCGGGGGGACAGCUCCUGCCACGACCUGCAGCUGGUGGACAGUGGCACUCAGACCGACGUCACCUUCGAGCAUAUCAUGGCACUGGGCAAGCUGCGGCCUCCCACUCCGCCCAUGGUCAUCCUGGAGCCGUAUGUCCUGUCUGAGCUACCCCCCAUCAGCCAUGAGUAUUAUGACCCGGCGGAGUUCAUGGAAGGCGGCCCGCAGGAGGCAGACCGUACAGACGAGCUGGAAUAUGAGGAGGUGGAGCUGUAUAAAACCAGCCACCUGGACAAGCUGGGCCUGAUGGUCUGCUACCGCACCGAUGAGGAGGAGGACCUGGGCAUCUACGUGGGGGAGCCAGCCCUCCUGGUACUCACCUGUCUGUGGCAGAUGUCUGUGAAUCCCAACAGCAUUGCAGCCAAAGAUGGCCGGAUCCGCGAGGGAGACCGCAUCAUCCAGAUAAAUGGCGUGGACGUCCAGAACCGGGCAGAGGCGGUGGCCGUCCUGAGCCAGGAGGAGAACACCAACAUCUCCCUGUUGGUGGCCCGGCCCGAGAGCCAGCUGGCAAAGCGGUGGAAGGACAGUGACCGGGAUGACUUCCUGGAUGACUUCGGCUCUGAGAAUGAGGGGGACCCACAUGCACGGAAACCAAAAUCCCCCCCUGCCCAGCAGCUUGGAAACGAAGAGGAGAAAGGGGCCCCUAAUGAUGGCCCAGGCCUGAGCAACAGCCAGGAGUUGGACAGUGGGGUGGGCCGCACUGAUGAGAGCACCCGCAACGAGGAGAGCUCCGAGCAUGACCUGCUAGGGGAUGAGCCUCCGAGCACUACCAACACGCCUGGGACCCUGCGCAAGUUUGGCCUUGUGGGAGAAGCCCUGCAGAGCCGGGACUUCCACUUCAGUAUGGACUCUCUGCUGGCUGAGGGGGCAGGGCUGGGGGGUGGUGACGUCCCAGGUCUCACCGAUGAGGAGUACGAGCGCUACCGGGAGCUGCUGGAGAUCAAGUGCCACCUGGAGAAUGGCAACCAGCUGGGCCUCCUCUUUGCCCGGGCCUCCAGCAGCAAUAGUGCCCUGGACGUCAACCGCAACGAGAGCCUGGGCCAUGAGAUGGCCAUGCUGGAGGAGGAGCUGCGGCACCUGGAGUUCAAGUGCCGUAACAUCCUGCGAGCACAGAAGAUGCAGCAGCUGCGGGAGCGCUGCAUGAAGGCCUGGCUUUUGGAGGAGGAGAGUCUCUACGACCUGGGGGCUGGCGAGCCCAAGAAGCAUGAGCUGUCCGACAUCUCCGAGCUGCCUGAGAAGUCAGACAAGGACAGCACCAGCGCCUACAACACGGGGGAGAGCUGCCGCAGCACCCCACUGAUUGCGGAGCCCCUGCCGGAGAGCCCCCUGGGGCGGGCUGCUGUUGGCAACUCCAACUUGAACCGGACCCCCUCUGGCCCCCCACUCACCACCCACCCCAAGGCAGCUCCCCUGCAGGGGAGCCCCGCUAAGUUCCGAUCCCUUUCCCGGGAUCCCGAGGUGGGCCGGAGACAGCACUCAGAGGAGCGUGUCCGCCGAAGCCCCAAGACUGGGGUGACCCUGGAGCACAUGGGCCCUGAAGGCAGCCCUUACCUUUCUCGGCGCCACCGCGGCCAGGGCCAGGAGAGCGAGCGCUACCACAGCUGCAUGCAGCUGACACCCCCACGCAGCCUGGAGGAGCUAGGCCACGGCCCCUUGAGUUUGGCCAGCGGCCCUCGUGGCGGUGGAGUGGCUCCAGCCCCUGAAACACCCCGCAUGGAGUGGAAGGUCAAGGUGCGCAGCGACGGGACGCGCUAUGUGGCCAAGCGGCCAGUGCGUGAUCGCCUCCUAAAAGCCCGAGCUCUGAAGAUCCGGGAGGAGCGCAGCGGCAUGACCACCGAUGACGAUGCAGUGAGUGAGAUGAAGAUGGGUCGCUACUGGAGCAAGGAGGAGCGGAAGCAGCACCUAAUUCGGGCUCGGGAGCAGCGGAAGCGGCGCGAGUUCAUGAUGCAGAGCCGGCUGGAGUGCCUGAGGGAGCAGCAGAAUGGUGACAGCAAGGCUGAGCUCAACAUCAUCGCCUUGAGCCAUCGCAAAACCAUGAAGAAGCGGAACAAGAAGAUCCUGGACAACUGGAUUACCAUCCAGGAGAUGCUGGCCCACGGCACACGCUCGGCUGACGGCAAGCGGGUCUACAAUCCGCUGCUCUCCGUCACCACCGUCUGAGUCUGGCUGUGCUCCAGGGUGGGCCCUCUGCCUGGCCCAGGUCCGGUGAGCCCCCCAGGGCCCUGUGCCCUACUCUCCCUUAGAAUCUAGUGUGUUUGUGUGUGCACAUGGGUGUGCGAACACCUCUUUGUGCAUGUGCCUGGGACUUUGUUACCAGAGAGAAGGGACACUUCUCUCCAUCAGCUCCUUCCUUCUCCCC